AUGGCUCGCUCUUCCAGUAUCGAUUUAGAUUCGCCGGAUCGGCCAUUUGACAACAUUAUCAACUUUCGUGAUGUUGGAAGGACAAUUAACCAGUUUUGCGGCACAACGAUUUUAAAAGAGGGGGUGCUUUUCCGCAGUGCCAGGCUGGACGAUGCAUCAGAACGAGAUAAGCGCCGACUAGCAGAUGAGUUACACAUUGCCACCGUGAUAGAUCUACGAUCAGUAACUGAACAUCGAAUGGCUACUCGAAAGCGCGUUGCAGAAAAUGCCGGCUUGAGUGAAAAUGGUUCCGAGACGGAUCUGAUGGAGAUCCCAGUCCCCGAGAACGCAUAUGAGCAUCUCUUGGAUAUCCCAGAGUCUCAGCGAUGCAUGAUCAGUCUAACAGGGAAAUCCUUGGAGCGCACAUUACUGUGGAGACUUGACUGGAUGAAUUAUAUAAAAGUAAUAACCAUGGCAGCAACCGGGUAUCGCGGCCAAGCGAUCCGUAUCGUUGGAGAACAAGUUAUGCAACCGCGAGGAUUAACAGGACUCGCGCAAGAUACACUAGAUGCAUCCAAGACAGAGCUGCGCACUGUAUUUGAACUCCUUGCUAAGGACGAAUCAUAUCCGAUUCUAGUUCAUUGCACACAAGGCAAAGACCGGACAGGCCUAAUCAUCUUGAUGAUGCUCUUGUUGGCUGGUGAUAAUGUCUUGACAUAUGCAGUUAUUGAUGAUUAUACGCGCUCGGAGCUGGAGCUUGUUCCUGAAUUUGAAGAGCGGAUGCGUGAGAUUCGUGCCGUGGGUCUUGGAGAGGAAUAUACACGCUGUCCGCCUGGUUUUGUGAAUGAUACCACUGAGUAUUUGCGGGUGCAUUAUGAUGGUGUUCGGGGUUAUUUAAAUGGGAUUGGGAUCAAUGAUUCCAUGCAGGAGACUAUUCGACAGAAGAUACUUGCUUAA